ACUUCAACACUCGUCUCUAAGCAACGCUACAAAUUGUUUGUUAUAUUGAUUUAACAAGUCUAGCAAAAGUGUUAACAACAAUUCAUUCUGCCCCAAACAAGCGAUGGACUUGGAUCCCAACAACGAUUUGGAGAAACGCAUCUCAGAUGCUUUCUGCGUAUUCGAUCAUCAUGGCGAUAAACUGAUAGAUGUGCGUGAAGUGGGCACAGUGCUGCGUCUGCUGGGCUGUGUGCCCACCGAGCAGGAGGUCAAUGAAGUUAUCUCGGCCACUGAGUCGGAGGAGACCAGCGGUGUAGUGCACUUGACCAAAUUCUUGCCGCAUGUGUCGCAGCUGCUCAUGGAACGCAAAAUGGAGCCUGCACCACCUGAGAAAAUUUUGGAAGCUUUUCAAACUCUGGAUUUGGAGAAAAAGGGUUUUCUCACCAAGGAAAGCUUUGGCAAGCUAAUGAUGGAGGAGGGUGAACCCUUUACACAGGAAGAAAUGGAUGAAAUGUGGCCCGUGGCCAUCGAUCCCAUCAGCGGGCAUAUACCCUACGAGCUGUAUUUGAAUCAGCUAAUGGUAUAUUUGUAAUUGAAAAUAUUUAAAGUAACAUUGUAGAUGA